AUGAAAGCUCGUCAUCCAUCAAUUUCAUUUGUAAGGCUUCACUGCGUUUGUUUCAACGGAUCUAGUUGCGAAAAAGGAGAAAAAAAGUUUGCUGAAACUGACGGUCGACUUGAUAAUUUUAAAGCAAAUGAAAAGCUAGGAAAUCAAAAAUUAAUGUCAUAUUAUGCUAGACAUGAACGCCAGAGUGAUUUUGAGAACCAAAACUGA